AUGACAAGUAAUGUAUUGCCAACUCAGACAAAUGUUAUAAACGAAUCACGUCUUGGUCGUCCACGACCACAUAAUUAUCAACAUUAUCAUGAAUCAAAAAUAAAAACACAACCGAAUGCUGUUAUUCAUGUUAAUAUUCGAUUACCAAAUGAUAAAUUUACCAAUCGUCAUGAAGAUUUACAUUGGACAUCUGCUAGUAAUGACAAAAUGCAUUAUUAUCAAGAUGAUGCACAAAAAUCAAGAAAUAAUCGAAUAUCUCAACAAAGUUCAGGAAAUACUCUAGAUUCGAACUAUCAAGAAGACUAA